GAGAAAGCAGAGCAGCCGCCGUCGCUGUCGCUGCGAGACGGACGAGUCGAGGUUCUGGAGGUGGGGUUCGGAGAGCCACUCUGGUUGAAGGUUUAGAACAGAUGUGGAAAGAUGUUCACUUCAGAGAAAGGGGUUGUGGAGGAGUGGCUGUCUGAGUUUAAGACAUUACCGGAAGCAUCUUUAUCAAAUUAUGCCACAAAUUUGAAAGACAAGAAUUCUUUAGUUUCUUCUCUCUAUAAAGUUAUCCAGGAGCCACAAAGUGAGUUGCUAGAACCUGUCUGUCACCAGCUCUUUGAGUUCUACCGCAGUGGAGAGGAGCAGUUGCUUCGAUUUACACUGCAGUUUCUCCCAGAACUUAUUUGGUGCUACCUUGCUGUCUCAGCCAGCAGAAAUGUUCAUAGCAGUGGAUGCAUUGAAGCUCUUCUUCUAGGGGUUUAUAAUUUGGAAAUAGUUGACAAACAGGGACAUAGCAAAGUAUUGAGCUUUACAAUUCCAUCUUUAUCCAAACCAUCUGUAUAUCAUGAACCUUCCAGCAUUGGGUCCAUGGCUCUGACUGAGAGUGCACUAUCCCAGCAUGGUUUAUCAAAGGUCGUGUACAGUGGACCUCACCCCCAAAGAGAGAUGCUGACAGCACAGAAUAGGUUUGAAGUGUUGACAUUCCUUUUGUUGUGUUACAAUGCUGCCUUAACCUAUAUGCCCAGUGUUUCUCUUCAAUCACUGUGUCAAAUUUGUUCAAGGAUCUGUGUUUGUGGAUAUCCUCGACAGCAUAUAAGAAAAUACAAAGGUAUAAGUAGCAGGAUACCAGUUUCUUCAGGAUUCAUGGUGCAAAUGUUAACUGGGAUUUAUUUUGCUUUUUAUAAUGGAGAAUGGGAUCUAGCUCAAAAAGCUUUGGAUGAUAUCAUAUAUAGAGCUCAGCUAGAAUUAUAUCCAGAGCCAUUGCUGGUUGCUAAUGCAAUAAAGGCUUCAUUGCCUCAUGGUGCCAUGAAAUCUAGUAAGGAGGGUACAAGGUGUAUUCAAGUUGAAAUCACACCAACUGCCUCUAGAAUUUCAAGAAAUGCAGUAACCAGCAUGUCAAUAAGAGGUCAUAGGUGGAAAAGACACGAGCAACCUGACAACAAUAAUGAUACUACUGAAUUGGGCAUCCUUGUCAUUCCUGAGAUUAGUGUCACAAAUGUGGCCGGAGAAAGAACCGGGAAUGGGGAAAAAGGCAGAACACUAGGCGAUUUUGAUGCUCAGCAUAUUCAGGGUGUGCAGGAAGCAGCCACAGAGCCUAGAACUGAGAGCAAAGUCUUGCCAGAGAUCAGGAGGCAAAAAUCUGUAAGAAAAAUGAUGGAGGAUGGAAUAAACUCACCUGGCAGAGUGCAGUUUUAGCAGAGCACUAUAUAGUCGCACUCCAAGGAAAUGCAGAAUUAACAGGUCAAGAAGAACUGAUGGAGAUAUCUGAAGUUGACGAGGGAUUUUAUUCCAGGGCUGCGUCUAGUACCAGCCAGUCUGGUUUAUCAAACAGUAGUCACAAUUCUAGUAACAAGACAAAUGUAGGAAAGACUCAGAGACGUUCAGGAGGAAGCAAAAUUGGAGGAAAAGAAAAAGAAACUACAGGGGAAUUUUGCAAAGAUCACUUUGCUCGAAAACAAACCCAAAGAGCCCAAAGUGAGAAUCUUGAGCUCCUCUCUUUGAAGAGACUUACAUUAACAACCAGCCAAUCCCUCCCUAAGCCUAGUAGCCAUGGUUUGGCUAAGACCGCUGCAACUGUAUUUAGCAAGUCCUUUGAACAAGUCAGUGGUGUCACUGUCCCACAUAACCCGUCACCUGCUGUUGGCUGUGGGACUGGGAUAGAUGCCAAUAGGUUUUCCGCUUGUAGUCUCCAAGAAGAAAAGCUUAUUUAUGUUUCUGAAAGAACUGAACUUCCAAUGAAGCAUCAAUCAGGUCAGCAGAGACCUCCUAGUAUUAGCAUUACCUUGUCCACAGAUUGAUUUGUAACAGUUCUCUCAUUUAACUGGUGAAGCUGGGUAUACGAAUUUGCUUCUUUAUGAAAGUGUGCAGGGUCUUGCAUUCCUGUUCCUGACGGGAGCCCUGUUUCUUAAAUUCUGAAGCCUAUCUUGACUUUUUGAAAGGAAUGAUUUCUAGGUUGCAGUUAGUUGACAUGUUAUUUUGUGGUGGUUUUUUCUCUCUUGAUUUGAGGAUUUGAGUCUUUUUUCUUAUUUGUUGCUAUUGCCCUAAUAAUACCAGAAUGAAAAUACAUUUUGGCAGGUUGUCUGAUCAGACUUGUCACAUCUCAUGUGAGGUUGUGAGGUGUCUUUUUUAUUUUAUUUUUUUUUUAAACAACUCCUAUUUUGGUAGCUGUGGGUUUGCCCUACAGAAUAAAAGGGAAUCUCUAUGAACAGGCACUGUUUCUUAAAGAACGAGGCAGAGGUACAAUUCCAGGAAUUCUAAGCUGGCUGCUCAGAAAGUCAGUCUGAAAAAUAGGCUUAUGAAAAAGCAAAUAUGAUGUGUAUGAAAAGUGCCUACUAAUAAUGUAGCCAGAUCAUCUUUAAGGUUAAAACAGUAUAUAUAAAGUGCUGGAAAAUACCUGUUAACUCAGUAGUCAGACUACUAGAUGAUUUCAGGAGAUGGGUAGAGGAUGUAAACUUUUUUAUAUCAAAAAUCAAACUGCAAGUAAGUAUGUUGUUUCAAAGUAUUUGAUCUGGAUUUAGCAAGUAAAAAUUCUUUAACUUCCUAAGAUGUAAUUGGCCAUCCAGUUGACUUACUCUGCUGCUGGUCUUCAGAAAUCCUAGUUAAUAUGGAUUCCUACAAUUCAGAGCACACAUCAUUGAAGACUCCCUGAAAAUCACUGUAAAUCUUGCAACAUUAACUCUCAAGAUACCAGAAUCAGCGAUGUACUAUUGAGUUGUUUGUCUGCAAAUGAAGGAAAUUAGGUAAAUUUUUCAUCUUUAAAAUGUCAUGAAAGAAAAUAAAGACAUGAUAUAAAGACAAAGGGCUUUUAUAUAUUAACUACUUUUAGUUAUUUAUGUUCAUGUUCUUAAAAUUAUAAAAUAUGAAAAGAAUGAAUGGGUUUCUUGCUUUGUAAAUAUGUCUAUUUUAAA